UGCUCCGUGGACGCACCGCCCUCUUCCUGAGUGGCUUUCCCACUUCUGCAGCAGCAGCGAAACGCCUUUACAGCUGAGUGAGUUUAAUCAGGCUCAGCUCUGAUCGGCAGACCCGGAUCCAGGACCCAGCAAGAGCCAGAGUUUGGACUGAACCAGGCGUCCUCGCAGCAACUUGUGUGAAAGUGAGGAGUAGAGAGUGGGACACUCACCGGCGCGGUUCUCUGUCCCCCUCCCCGCCCCUCUCACGGACUUAUCUCCCCGACAGGACGGGGGCCGGGUGUUUUUAAGGGAUACCGCUCAGUCUAAAACAAACACACCCUCCCCAGCAGCAUCCUGAGAAGUCUCAGUCACUUCCACUGAGAGGGAGCAACAGGUUGAGCCGCGCUGUGAAGGAAGGAGAGAGAAGCUCACCAUGCCGAGCAAAAGCCAGUAUCUGCGCCCCCGGCUCUGCACGCUGCACAAGGGGGACAACGGCUACGGCUUCCACCUCCACGGGGAGAAGGGGAAGACGGGCCAGUUCAUCCGCCUGGUGGAGCCCGACAGCCCGGCCGAGUCGUCGGGGCUCCGCGCCGGAGACCGGCUGGUGUUCGUGAACGGCGACGAGGUGGAGAGCGAGAGUCACCAGCAGGUCGUGUCCCGGAUACGAGCCACCGCGAGCCCGCUGGAGCUCAUAGUGGUGGACCCGGAGACGGAGCAGCUGCUGAAGAAGCACAACUUGAAGUGUCUGAAGGAGUACGUCUCCGAGGGGCUCCCCUUACCUCUAGAGGAGGAGGAGGAGGAAGGCAAGGAGGUGGCGGUGGAAAAGGAGAAGGAGGCGGAGGAGGAGGAGAAGGAGGUAGUGGUGGAGAAGGGGGUCGCGGAGGCAGACGGGACAGAAAACGGGGAUGUGAAGGUGGCAGAGGUGGAAAAUGAGGAGGAGGUGGAAGAGGUGGAGGUGGCUGAGCAGGAGCAGGAACAGGAGGAGACACCCAGGGAGCUCACUCCGGUCCCGGUGGUACCGGACAGGAACGGAGAAGUCCAUCAACAAGUGGAGAAGAAGCUGAGCAUCAGCUCCGAGAAGGAGGAGCGCGCCGAGCUGCGGCCACGUCUCUGCGUGAUCCAGCGGGGGUCUAACGGAUAUGGCUUCAACCUGCACAGCGAGCGGGCGCGGCCGGGCCAGUACAUCAGAGCGGUGGAUGACGACUCUCCAGCUGAGAGGGCCGGCCUGCAGCCGAAGGACAGGAUAGUAGAGGUGAACAGCAUCUCCGUGGAGGGGAAGACGCAUUCAGAGGUGGUCGGCGCCAUCAAAGCGGGCGGAGACGUGACCCGGCUGCUCGUGGUGGACCCCGACACCGACGCCUUCUUCAAGAGAUGCAGGGUGACCCCCACCUCCAAGCACUUAACUGGUCCACUUCCAGAGCCAGUCGUUAAUGGAGAAACAGAAGAGAAGGUGAAUGGCAGAGUACCCAAAGCGAGAGAGAGGAACUCCAAGCUCUCCGUCAGCCCUUCCCCGUCCAACGCGUCGUCCAACGCCUCACUCACAACCCCAUCUGCACACACCCCACCCGAGGGUCUGGUCACAAAUGCCAUCCCAGCUCUCAACCUCACGCUGCAGCAGGUCAAAGAGCUCACCCACCAGAAACGCUCCAACAAGAGAGCCCCGCCCAUGGACUGGACCAAGAAAAACGAGCUCUUCAGCAACCUAUAGGACGCCUGCGUUCACGCGAAGCCCACACUUUUAAUUUUAGGAAAUCCUUCCUAGAAAUGUUAGAGAGGUAUUUUAUUAUGACGAUGUUCUAAAGAUCAAUACAUCAUAGAAAGUUAAUGCUGUUCUGUAAAAUAUAGCAUUCCUCUAGGCAUUAGUCCUCACAUUAUUAUAAACCGUAUAUAAUACUGUAUAUUUUUUAUCUGCUUCUAACCAGAAGAAAUAUAUGUAUGCCAAAUGAAACAGAGAUCCAUACUCUGGUCAGGUUGGAGCAGACAGUUUUCUCCUUCUGUUUUGAUUUCUGAGUGUGUGUCUGACCAAGCGUGUGUGUGUGUUAGGCGCAUGGGGAAAUGUGAAGGAGUUGCAGAUUUUAACACUGAACUUUUUACUGUCAAAACAACCACAUGGCGACCGCCUGACAAUCAGUCAAUUAAUAUAAAGUUGUUGUUUUUUUCUAAGUUUCUCCCAUGUCUUUCAGUUCUGAAGUGAAAGAUGGAUUCCCAAAAAAAAAAAAAAAAAAAUCACUGAGUUUCUUGUUUCCCCCUAGAAUCUAUGUUCUAACUCUGCGUCCUUUUUAAUGCUUAAACCCUAUUUGGUAUUUUAGAGAUGAUUAAAUCACCUCUGACCAACUUCCACAUUCCUACUGUAGAAAAGCCCAGCAUGACGCUGCCGCCAUGUUUUCAUCUGUUGCGUGUAAAAUUCAAAACCUUAGAAAAA